AUGGGGAAGCGCAAGUUAGGCGCGUUGGAGAAGGUCGAUGCUGAUCUAACAAAUCUCCAGUAUAAAAUUCGACGAGACCCAAAAUCAUACGUUGAAGAUUUCCGAAGCCAGCACCUCCAAUAUGAAAACCACCGUGAAAUUUUCAUGGCUGCGCCAUCAGCUGCUACUGAUACCGGAAUUAUAUCCUUGAUAGAUCUAGUUGAUUUCGUAGCGCAUGUUGCUGAAUGCUAUCCAGAAAUAACGAAAGAUUUUCCGCAGGAGCUGAUUGAGAUGAUUUCGCUCCACCAUGCAGUUCUGAGUCCAGAUUUGCGGGAGAAAAUCGUGGGCAGCUUGGUGCUAUUGAAACGAAAAGAGAUAAUUGAUUCUUCAACGCUUCUUCAAACAUUGUUCCCCAUUUUAGUAUCGACACCAAGCAAAACGCUCAGAGCAUUCCUAUUUCAAAAGAUAGUCUCAGACUUACGUUCAGCUAAUGCAAAGACUACAAACCACAAACUGAACAGGACCAUCCAGACGGUGCUGUUUAACCUGGUCACUGCUGACCGGUCUUCAAGCAAAGCUCUCUGGUCUGUAAAAAUCACUCGAGAACUAUGGAAACGCCAGAUAUGGACGGAAUCAAAGGCUGUUGAAAUAAUGAAAGAAGCUGCACUGGCUGAUAAUGAAAAGGUCAUUAUUGGCGGAGUCCGUUUUUUCCUGGGUGGCGAUAAAGAAAGAGAAGAGCUUGAAGACGAGAGCAGCGAUGACGAUGUCAUUGAUGUUGGUAAAGUCAAACAUCAAGCUACUAUCAACAAGGGGUCAAAGAAAAGAGCAAAGGCCAUUGAGAAGGCGAAAGCGAUCGUAAAGAAGAAGGAAAAGAAGAAGAACGCUCCCCAUCCGCUAAAUUUCUCGGCCUUGCAUCUUUUACAUGACCCUCAGGGUUUUGCGGAGAACUUGUUCCAGAAACACCUACAAAACACCAGGGCCAAGCUGAACCUUGAACAGAAACUACUGGUACUACAACUGGUUUCUCGAUUAGUUGGUUUGCACAAACUCACCAUCAUCCAACUAUACUCCUAUUUUCUGAAAUACCUUACGCCUAAACAGCCAUCUGUCACAUCGUUCCUUGCCUCUCUUGCUCAAUCAUGUCAUUCCCUUGUUCCUCCAGAUACCCUUGAACCUUUGAUACAGAAGAUUGCAAAUGAGUUUGUCUCCGAAGGAUCUGCUGCAGAGGUUGCAUCAGCAGGUCUCAAUGCCAUCAGAGAGAUAUGCGUUCGACAGCCACUGGCCAUGAAUGAUACUCUUCUACAAGAUCUUGUGAUGUACAAGAAGAGUAAAGACAAGGGCGUGAUGAUGGCUGCUAAGGGUCUUUUGAGUUUAUACCGUGAAGUUGGCGCAGAAAAGCUGAAGAGGAGGGAUCGUGGUAAAGACGCAGCUAUGGGCUUGAAGGUUGGGGAGAGAAAAUCACAACGAUAUGGAGAAGAGGAAAUUGGUGAAAUUGAAGGCCUCGAGCUACUGGAAAAAUGGAAGGAGGAGGAGAGAAGAAAGAAUAGGAGAGAAAAUGGACUUCCAUCUGACGGGGAGACCGAUGAAGACGAGGAGAAUGAAAAUGAUUGGGCGGCGUGGAACAUGGAGGAAGAUGACAGUGAUGACUCUGGCGGUUGGAUUGAUGUCCAAAGUGACGUUGAUAUCGUAUUCAGCGAUUCUGAAGACGAGGGACCAACUACCAAGAAGGCUAAAACCGACGAUAAGGUUACUAACGCUGUGGAUGAGAAGGUAACGGAAGAACCUGAGGCAAAGAAGAUAUCACGUCUUGCAACAACCCGCAUUCUCACGCCUGCUGACCUGGCCAAACUCGCCGAGCUACGAGCUGCCGCCAGUGUCAACGCCUUGCUUCCCGAGAACAAGCGCAAGAGACUGCUACAGCAAGCUGCUACGAACCGACACACUGACGAUUCUCUGACUGCUGCAGAGAUCGAAGGCCUUGCUGCUCUCUCGGCUGGAAAGCAGACCAGGCUAGAGAAGAUCGCCCACGUCAACGAGACCAAGACUGAUCGCUCCGAGUUCAAGAGCAAGCUCGCCCGCAAAAAGGAAACCAAGGAGAAGCUGGGCAAGAGCUCAACGAACAAGGAGAAGGCCAGAAAGAAGAACUUUAUGAUGACCCUUGGUAAGGCGAAGGCGAAGGGGAAGCGAAGUCUUGUUGAGACCCGGGCGACGCUGAAAGCACACCAUGAGCGGAAUAGAAGGGGAGGGAAACGAGGCAACCAGGGGUAG